GCAAAAAUCACUUCACCAUCUUCCCUAAGACAUUAGGUCAAAAUUUUCUCAUAUAUAAUAAAAAGAAAAAAGAAAAUCGCUCCUUUCCUUUCUUUCCCUUCGCCACCACAAUCACACUAUCUCUCCUCUACAAUAAGCCACAAACCUACAAUCAUUAGAGAAACUCAAAUAAAAACAUGAGCAAUAGCGGCGGCGCCGGAGGUAGAGGCGGACGUGGCGGCGGCGGCGGCGGAGGAGCUGGAAGUGUGAUUGGAAGGGUUACGAUCCCGGAAACAGUACGGAAAACCAUACUGAGUAUAAGAGAGAUCACGGGAAAGCAACAUACUGAUGAAGAUAUUUACUCUGUCCUUAAAGACUGUUCCAUGGAUCCUAAUGAAACUGCACAGAAGCUGCUUUAUAUAGAUACGUUUCAUGAGGUUAAAAGUAAGCGUGAUCGAAGAAAGGAGAUGUCAGGCACCCAAGGUCGUGGGGCUAGGAGCGGUCGUGGAAAUCAUUCUGCUAAUCAUAUCUAUUCUGAUACAAUGGGUCGGAGAAAUGCAGCUUCUCGAAGGGAAAAUGGAGUCAACCAGAUGAAAGAGAAAGGCCCUUCAACCCCUUUGCCGGUUGUCCAGAAAAUAAAUACGGACAGCGCAACUAAUGAGACGAAGGCUUCAGCAAUCAUACCUAAUGGCUCUUUGAAUUUACCCAACGGGAGUUCUCAUGGAUGUGGCCCUCAGUUGCUUACAGAUGGAGAUGUUAGUGUCGCUAUGGAUGGUCUAGUUGUUGAUGCCAAGAAGCCUGGCGAAGUACCACUGCUCCCUUCUGGGACUUCGUCUCCACCUAACCAGAUGUCCGAGUCUGUGGUCCAAGUUCAGCAAGGAAAGUCUGCGCCAAGUUUGAAUCAUCUCCCACCUCCUGCUAUUUCAGCAUCCGUAUCUGGUGUAUAUUCUUCUGCUUCAGACCCUGUAUUGGCAUCAUCUACGAUUCGGCAUCCUGGUGCCGUGGGUGCAAUUAAGCGUGAAGUAGAUAGCCAGCUAAGAGCUGCAGGACAUAAUCACAUUCAAGGAAAUAAACAUGUUCUAUCUGAUGUUGACUCAGAGACUUCUGAGAAUGAAAAAGCAGCAUCUAAUAUUCUUCACCCUGUGAGCCAAAAAGAGGCACUUUCCAAGCCAAAGUCAGCUGAAGAGGAUGAGUUAUCUAAAAUUCUGCAUCCUUCUUCUUUGUCAACUGAUGACCAUUCUCUAGCUUUCAGGUCUUCUAGUGGCGACACCCAUUCAUCACAGGAGUCGGUCACCCCUUUAACAGCAGUAGUCUCAUCAGAGGAUGCACAAGCUGAAGACAGUUCUCCUUCGUCACCUGAGCAAACUGUCCCUAAUGGACAUGUUAUAUUUCCAAAUCACUUCAAAGUACCUGAAGCUUUAAAAAGUGGGUUAUCUUUUGGAAGUUUUGAUACUAAUUCUGGAUUGGGAUCCAGUAAUAAUGGCAAUGCUUGCGACAUCAACUCUGCAGAUGCUGUUGAUUUGCCGCAUAGGAUUGAUGAAACUGCUAAGGAGCCUUCUUUGAGCAAUCAGAGUAUUUCCUCUACUGUGCAAGUGGAUCAUCCUGACCAACCAGAAUCUUCUCAGCAAACGUUUGACAAACUCAAGUCAGAUGGCAAUGCUGCAACUACCUUAGACUCGAAAUCUGAUAACUCAACUCAAGAAAUGAUGAUGCUUCCAGAAGGCAAUCAGAACCCUGCUUUUCAUAUUGCUCCAAACUAUGGUUUUGGAAUCAUGCCUCACAUGCACGGGGGACAUUUUGUACAGUUUGAGAAACAUGAGACUCAGAGUGAGAAUCCUACAGCUUCAUCUAGUCCUAGUCCAAGUCUAAGUCCAACUCCAGCACAGAAUUCUAUAGCUGCUUCUCCGCAGCCACUUCUUUAUAGGCCACCUUUUCCUCCUAACUAUUUCCCUUAUGGCCAUUACUUUAACCCAUAUUUCUUACCACCAAUGCACCAAUUCUUAACCCACAAUGGGCUGCCGCAACAGCCAGCAACUGGCAACCCAUAUCUUACACCAGCAGCUCCUGUGCCUGGUGUGAAGUUCCCUCUUCCACAAUUCAAGCCAGGAACUAGUACUGGAAACUCAACUCCUAUUGGAAUCCAAACUUUAUAUGGUUCAUUUGGUUCCUCCCCUAAUGGCUUCAAUCCUGGUCCAGCUGUGACCUCUGGAAGUGCUGCCAGCAACGAGGAUCUAUCAGCAUCUCAGUUGAAGGAAAGUCAAAUCUACACGACAGGACCACUGAACGAUAUUUCAGCUUGGAUUUCUCCUCCAGGCCAAGAUGUAUCCAGCUUGCACCUCAAUACCUUGUACCAUCUCAACCCUCAUGGACAGCACCUAGCUUUCCCCCAUGCACAGCCUGGUCCUAGCCCUUUCCCUGGAAUUUAUCCACAAAUGCAGACAAUUGCUGCUCCCUCAACCGUUAAUCCAAUUUUGCACCAGUCUCAAGCCUUGUCUGCAACUGCUGAAACUGUGGGACCCGCAUCUGGUGCUUAUCAGCAGCCUCAACUUGCACAGCUCAAUUGGAACUCUAGUUAUUAACAGGUGAAACCUCAAUUGUGGCCUCAAAGUAAAAUACAUUCCAGGUGUGGAUUAAGUAAAGCAUAAAGAGUGCUUUUGAAAGAUGGCCUGAUCUGAGUGUAAAUAUAAAGUGCGGCCUAAGAAUCGUAGGUUAAUAUUGUAGGUGGGGAUACAAAUGCUGACAUUAAGUCAAAAAAUGAUAGGUCAAGGCAUUUAUGUUGUUCAGCUUGUUUUAGUUCUCAUUUUCCCCAUCUCUUUUUAGUACAAUUUUAAUCUUGGAUAGUGGACCUUCUUUUUGUUCUUUUUCUGAAAACUCAUCAUUCCUUGAGAUGCCAUAGGAAAUUCGAGUGAUUGAGCGAGGAUAGGUGGGAUUUACCAAAUUUUCCUUGUCAGAUGUCUCACCUGUAUAUUAAAUUUUGGGGAACAAUGAUUUAUACAAUAGUAACUGAAAUAUCAGAAUUGACAGUUAUAAUUUGUUUUAA